GUUGUAACCGCGAGAACGAAGAGGAAGAGGUGAGUUGAGAGGGAGCUGACACUCGGGAGCAGACUUCAGUCAGUGACCGCUGCGCUCCGCAACCAGCGCGACGUACACGCGCACGCAGGCACGCACGUACGUACGUACGACCACCAGGCAGCCUUCUGAGAUGGACGUCAUCCCCAUGUGCAGCAUCUUCCAGGAGCUCCAGAUCGUGCACGACACCGGAUACUUUUCCGCGUUACCGUCCCUGGAGGAGUACUGGCAGCAGACAUGCUUGGAGCUGGAGCGCUACCUGCAGGCCGAGCCGUACGUGUCGGCAUCCGAGCUGAAGUUUGACAACCAAGAGGAUCUGUGGAGCAAACUGAUGCUGGCCUGUGGCGACAAGGCGGCCGACCCCAAGCUGGCCAAGGAGGACGAGGAACCCCCGGAGAGCCGAGACGCCGCGGGCUGCUGCUUCCACUCGGACGCCAGCAGCGAAGCGUCGGACUGUUCCGAAGAACUGUCGCCUACCCUCGACUUCCCCGCCGGCUCGCUGGCCGAUCUCCUGGGCGACAGCCCCGAGGAGGACCUGAGCGCCGCCUGCGCCGCCGCCGUCAUCAUCGGGACGCCGCCCUCUUCACCCGAGCUGGCCAAGGAGGGCCUGGCGGGGUUGCAGGUGUGGGGGGGCGGCGGCCAUGCCGGGCCGCAUACGGCGGGGAAAGGCAGGACGAGCGGCGGGGCAGAGAGGGCGGGGCUCGUCGGUGGGGAAGCAUCGCCCGACGGCAGGAGGCGAGUGCACAGGUGUCUCUUCAACGGAUGCAGGAAGGUGUACACCAAGAGCUCGCACCUCAAGGCGCACCAGCGCACCCACACAGGAGAGAAGCCGUACAGAUGCUCGUGGGAAGGCUGCGAGUGGCGCUUUGCGCGCAGCGAUGAGCUGACGCGCCAUUUCAGGAAGCACACCGGAGCCAAGCCAUUCAAAUGCAGCCACUGCGACAGGUGUUUUUCCCGCUCGGACCAUCUGGCCUUGCACAUGAAGCGGCACAUCUAAGACGGCGGCGGUGGCGACGGCGGCGGCGUGGAAGGCCAAGGCGGGACAAAUCGGGCAGAUGUUUCCUGACCCUGUGUGGCGUCAGCGAGGCCGGUGGGGCGUGUCGACAAGGUACCACGGCGGCGCACCGUGGCGGACGACGUUCCCGUCAGCGGGGGGGGAAAAGCAGGACGUACACGCAGGCUCUCGUUUUGCACCGUACUCAGUGCCUCCGACAGCUCGCUGUGCUGGAGCAGGAAAGUUCCGAAAAGGACGGAAAUUCGUGUAUGGUGUUUGGCGCUUUUUUUUUUUUUAAGGCCCCCUCCCUACCCUUGGCCGGAGGAUCUUGGGACUUUUCGGGGGCGCAGCGGAGUGUUUGGACUGCGGAUGCCUGCGCUGGUUUGCUGAAGUGCGGCGUGCAUGGUGGACGAAUGGCGUCUUUUUGUCUCCGUGUGAAUGAGAAGAAAGCCUGGAGAGCAACGGAGGGUUUCUAUGUUUGUUUGUGUGCCCUCUGGAGGACUGGAGGUGGAACUACAGCUUCCUACUCAUUGGAAAAAAAAAGACAAAAUAGAAGAAAAAAAAUAAGAGAGGGAGGAUUUUUUUUUGGGUGCAGCUAAUAAAUGUGCAAUGUAUUACGUAGCCUGUCUGAAAACACGCCAGAAAGCUCAUUUUUGUUGUUCAAGCAAGCGAGAGAAAUUCAAAGCAAUGAACGUCAACAGUGGGAAGUGGCACAGGAGUGUCAAGGACACGCUGGAAAGGAAACUCAUUUUAAUCUGGUCAUUUUACAACUCUGAUCAAAUCCAAUUCCCCCCCCCCCAAAAUUUAUCCCGCCCCAAAAUUUGACUUCAAUCUUGUAGGAUUGUUAUUAUGAUUUCUUUAUUUUUUUAUUUGUUUUUACAAUUCAACUUUAAUAUUGUAAAAUGAAGGUUUUUUCAGUCCAAAAUGAGAUUGAACCUUGCGAGAUAAAGAUUUUUUUUUUUACAUCAAUUUAAUCCAAUUUUAAUCUUAAUGGAAGUAUUCUGACUUUUCUGAUCCAAAAAAAAAAUCUGUAUUUUUGUCAUAUUAAAACUUUUUUCCCUCAAAAAAACCCAACUAAAAUCUUGUCAUAUUAAAACUUAUUGAAAUGAAUUACUGAAUGAAUGAUAAAUGAAUUUGUACAAUUAUGACAUUUUUUCCUCUGAAAAGCAAGAUUUUUAAAAAAAUCGUAAUUUUGUGACUUUUUCUCCAGAAAAAAGAAACACUCCAGUUUUGUCCAGUCUAAUCUGUCCCCACAAUCACAAGAGAUUUAUUUGUCUUUAUUCUUCUCAUCAAACUAAUACUUGCCGCGAAAAACAAAUGACUUGACUUUAAUCUGAAAUAAUAUGAAUUUCUUGAAAAAUCUUCCAGCAUGGAACCUUUUUUUUUCCUGAAAAAAAAAACCUGCGAUUUUCUAACUUUUUCUAGAGCAAAUGUGAGUUUAACCUCAUCAAGUCUAAUUUAUACUUGGAAUAGUAUCUUUGGCACGUUUUUCCUCAUGAAGAUUACUCAUCUCCUAAUAGUAAAAAAAAAAAAAAAAAAA